ACACGUAGAGAUGCAUCAGACCUCAAUUGUAGUGUUAGCAUUAUGUUGCCUGGGGAUCUGUGACGCCCAAUUGCAAACUGGAGGAACGAUGCGUUCAAGUGCAAUGAUGGCGGAUUUGAUGAAUCCAAGUACAAUGAGCGCAAUAUGUGGGAAGGUUGGGAAGUUAAUUAUGUGUCAAUGUACGACAAUUGCAGAUGGAUGUGAAGAGGGUCAUAUUCCUAUGGGAAUAUGUCCUAUGCUUCCUAUGAUACCAAUGCUUCCUAAAAUACAAUGCUGUCCGCCCAUGUAUGCCAUGAUCUGCUCAAAAUAUCAACAAAGAUCUAAUACUAAUCAUACACAUGCUGGAAAUUCCCUAUCUUCACCCGGAAAUCCAAAUCAGACAAAGGGCGAAAAUUCUGUUCCCUCACUGGAAACCCCAAAUCAGACAAAAAGUGGAAAUUCCUUCUCCUCCACGGGAAUCCUUAGGGAGAGGCAAGGCGGGAAUUCCCUCCGGUUAGUGGGGACCAAACCACCCGCAACAUUAUAAAAAUAAAAUAAACAAUGGGUUCUCCAAGUUCAUUUAGAACGAGGGUCCAAUGGGAGACAGAAAAAUUUGGACAGUUCGCUGGGAAUUAGUGAAUUCAAUACAUAGCAUCUAAACACACCUGUGUGAAUAUUGCCAAAAAGGUCAAUGCAGGAAGGGAAAAAGUUAUUCUGAUUUUUUUUUAUUUUUUUUUUUUUACAUCUAUUUAAUAUAUAAUGUUAUUUUUGAGAUGUCUAUGUUUAUAUGCACUGUGUUUCAGUAAUUUUGAAACAAGUGAUUUAUAUAAAUAAAAUCAUAUUUUGAGA